UCCAGUAUGACGUCCAUCUUGUUUGUUAUUACUUCUGUUGUGUUGUCUUGGCAUUGAUAAUUUCGAAAAUGAUUUGAAAUUCCUGUUAUUUUUGUGAUAAAAAUCUCUUGGAAUGGACGAAUUUUCCACUGCACGGACGGCAAAGAAGGGAAGACGAGCUGCAAAUAUACGGACAGAUAGCGAGCUAGAUGGCAAAGACAACAGCUUGAAUGAGCAAACGCCAGAAGACGUUUCCGUCGGUACUAUUUCAGGACAGAUUGGCGAGAGACCUUCUGUCACAAUGAAAGGUGGAUGGGCUAGUAUGAGUCCCAAAGAUAAACGAAAAAAUGCUGUAAGAAAGAAAUCCAGCAACACCGAUGUUACGAGUAUGGAUGACGAGCGACUAAAAACUGAUCACCAUGUUGAUGAAGGAAUUGAUGAAAUUCCAGUCUUACCUGAUCUUGAUGACUUCCAAGAGGAAGAUCUAGCCAGUAAAAUUGCUGCCCCACCAAGGUUUUCGUGUUUGUCAACUGAUGAUUGUGCCCUAGAUAGGCAAACAAACAGGAAAUUACGUUGUGACAAUGUCUAUGUCAAAUUUUCUUUCUCUUGUAGCGUUCAAGUAAAUCGUGUGGCAACAUAUAAAGAACUUGACAGUGAUCUUCAAAAGCAUUCAUACCUCAUGACCUUGGAUAAUGAAAUCGACCUGAAGUUAUUGGGAAAAGUUCUCGCUCCCGAAUCAACAGUUUUAGAAGAAGACAGAGCGUGGGACUGGGACCGACUCUUCACGGAGGUUUCAUCUGAAUUACAAACCGAGUGGGAGAUGAACAGGAAAACGAGGAAAAUGUCGAAUAAAGUUGUAAAUAUGUGUUUAUAAAGUGCGAUUGUUUAAAGUUAUAUUAAUGGUGGUUAAGUGUAAAAGUCUUACUCAUAUUGUUAAAUAAUUUAAACAAGUUACAUUACAAAGUUCCUACAUCCUCUUUUA